AAGGUGGUUGAUGAGAUCUUGGAAAAGCGAGCAUGAUGAGCUUGAAAGACAUCCAAAUCUCUCAUGCUAUGAUCAAUCAACAGCGUUUGUUGCGCAUGCAUUUUAUUCAACCUAGCGGCGUAGUCUAUGUUGCCAACUAGGCGUGCCAAGCGGCCUAUUAAGGUCUCCAAUAUUCUACGACUCUGAGAUGUAUACCGAGAAGCAUUUCUGAACGUUACAAGGCACAACAAGCAAAUAUGAGUUUGGCUAUUACGCAAAUGACCAAUACCAAGGCAGCGGAGCGCAAGAACUUGACGAGACAGCCUCAGUUACCUAGGUACACUCGGUAUCACUGCAUUACGAUUCGUUAUGUCCUGCCCGAUAACAAUAAGAGGGCACAUCUAAGGCUUUGAAUAUCCAGCGAGCUCACCUGUGGUCACCCGACCAUUAAACGUCAUCUCACCCCCGUUUGGAUUGUGGGAGGGGUGUGCUUCUUGCAUGAACUAAACCCGGCCUAGAACCUUGGAACAUCUCUGCCUGACGGCGUGUUAGGCCGACAUGCGUACCCGAUAUUUUGAAUUACAGUCAAUAUCUUUCUGGCUGCAUAUUAUAAGCAGCACUGCAUUGAUAUACAUUUAUAUCCAAGAGAUAAUACACGGAUAUUAAACAUACGUAGAUGAGGACUGUCAUAUACCAAUUCAUCGGCAUUGAGC